ACUUUUUAGUACAAAAAAUGUCAACUUGGCACAACUACUGAUCCAACUGAUGAAUUUACUUUAAGAUUUUUUUAUUGUAAUUAUUAAAAGAACGUGUUUGUUUCUUUUAGCUAAUAGCUUGCUAUUCCACCAGUGGUAAAUCAGCUAAGGGUAAAAUCAAUGAAAGUGCCGCUGAUGCAGUGCACGAUUUACACGUGGUGCCUUUGAAGUCUCCCCAAUUGGGUAAGAUGAUUGUCUCGUAUGUAGGUGAAAAUGCUGAAUUGGUCAACCAAUAUUUAUCCCGUGAAUUGGCUGUAGAAUUGACACCACAAGGUACAUUAGCUGAAAAAAUUAGAGCCGCUGUUGCUGGUGUACCCGCCUUCUUUACACCCACCGGUUAUGGUACUCUUAUCCAAACAGGUGGAGCUCCAAUUAAAUACAGCAAAGAUGGUAAAGUUGAAAUUGCUAGCAAACCAAAACCAGUACAAGAAUUUAAUGGCAGAAACUAUGUCAUGGAGGAGGCUAUGUUUGCUGAUUUUGCUAUUGUCAAGGCUCAAAAGGCUGAUCCCUAUGGCAAUUUGGAUCUCAAAAUUUUACCAUAAUCUAGAAGACAGCUGCCGCCGGUCGGGUAAAUAUCUCAUAUUGGUUUUGUAUAUAAAGUGUUCCAGAUUUUUUUUAUUAAUCGCGUUAUCUACAAAGUGUAAAUAUAAAAUAUAAAACAAUAUUGUUUAAUUUGUUAACAAUUAAUAGAAAAUAUAUUGUUAUAUUAAGUUGGUACAUGCGUACCAAUUAUUCAUUAAUUAUAUAAGAUUUUCAG